CCGUUGAAGUGGAAUAAAAUAAUUUAAUUUAUUUAUUAAAAUGUAAGUUAAAAGUUGAAAAUUAUACUUUGAAUGCAAGAAACGUGUGAGAAUAGUUUGUGUUUAGUGAAUCAAACGUAAAGUUCGAAAUAAAAAGUCAAACAAGUGAAAAGAAAAAGUUGAGUAAGAGUAGAGCAGAGAAAAAAGCACACAAACAACGUAAUCCUAUAACAAGAUGGAUGUGAAAUUUUUAAAUAUCUUUCUUGUGGGCUUUGGCUUCAUGCUGCUCUUUACAGCCUUCCAAACUUUGGCUAAUAUCGAGAAGACGAUAUUAGAAAGCUUGAAAAAAGAUGAUGCCAGCUUCACUGGCGACGGUUACGUCAGUUUAUCAAUCAUUUAUUUAACAUUUUCAUUGUUCAAUUGGUUGGCUCCGUCGUUUAUAGCAUCUACGAGUCCCCGGGUAGCUAUGGUGGUUGGGUCAUUGAUUUACAUAUUUUUCAUGACUACGUUCCUCUAUCCUAUGACGGGGCUUUUGUAUACAGCAAGUGCUUUAUUGGGUUUUGGUGCGGCUACACUCUGGACCGGUCAGGGUGCAUUGCUGGCGCGUUGCAGUGAUUCCAGCAAUAUAUCACGCAAUUCUGGCAUCUUCUGGGCAUUAUUGCAGUGCAAUAUGUUCUUCGGUAAUUUAUUCGUCUACUUUGCGUUCCGAAAUAAGGCGCACAUCGACGAAAAUACGCGACUAAUGGUCGUUAUCGUCUUGUCUGCAGUGGGAUUUGCGGGAGUAUUAUUCCUAAUCGCUGUGAGACGAGUACCUGAUAACUCAGAGAUGGGCGAUACGAACGCAAAUAUGUCGCGAUCUGCAUGGGGUAAUGCUCGGUAUGCAUUGCAAUCGGCCGGAAAGUUAUUUAUAACUCGUGACAUGAUGUUACUUACCCUAACUUUCGUAUACACAGGUCUUGAGUUGUCAUUCUUUAGCGGUAUUUAUGGACCUUCAGUUGGAUUUACUGAAAAAAUUCACGAAACGCCCAAAGAAUAUGUGGGUAUAAUCGGGAUUUGCAUAGGUAUAGGUGGAGUGACAGCAGGCACAGUUUUUGGUAUUUUGGGUUCGAAAACUGCACGUUUUGGUCGAAAUCCAAUCGUCAUUACCGCUUACGUUAUACAUUUAGUGGCGUUUUUUUUAAUCUACUUAAAUUUGCCCGACAAUGCGCCAUUUAAGGAAACGGAGGAUGUAUCGUAUAUAGAUCCUCCAAAGAUCUGGCUGGCUUUGUUAUGCGCUCUCAUGUUGGGCUUAGGUGAUGGUUCCUUUAAUACACAAAUUUAUUCCAUGUUAGCCGGAGUUUUUGUUAAACAAUCUGCAGCGGCUUUUGCUAUUUUUAAAUUUACCCAGUCCGUUGCGGCGGCAAUCGCUUUCUUUUACGCAUACCAUUUGGGCUUAGGUGUCCAAUUAGGAAUUUUGGUAAUAUUUGCAACUUUUGGCACUAUUACCUUUUGCUUCGUGGAACUAAAAUAUAAACAGCUCGCGAUAUCCGAAAAGGCCGAAGAAUCGGGAAAAUAAAAUAGGAGGCAACUGGAUAGCUUUGUAUUCAGCUGUUUUUGUUUUGCUUUCUUUCUUUUUUUUCUCAUUUCAUAAAAGUUGCAAAUUAAUAGCAUACUUUAUGGAUACAUGAG